AUGAAAUGCUCAAGUUUACCCAUUCUAUUACUAUAUUUAAAUUGUUUUGCUGUUUCUUUAACUGAUCCAAAUAAUGAAUUAACAUUUACAGAACAAUCAGCUUCUUCACACAAAAAAAAAUAUGUAAUGGAAGAACCAAAAGAAGUUGAGUUAUCAAUUAAAGAAAAACAAAAAAUGGAUGAAGAAGUAGAUCAAAUUAAUAAGAAAAAGAAAUGGCAACUUAAUGCUGGUUUAUACGUUGAAGGUUCAAAAGGUGAUCAAAAAGGAAUUGAUUAUUGUAGUGAUUCAGAUGAUGACGGUAAAAAAUUUUGGAUUUUCAAUCAUGGAAAUAAAACCGAUGAAGUUGUACAAUUAAAUUUAAAUAAUGAUACAAGUCCAUAUGUGUUUAAAAUUAGAGAAGAAGUUGGUACUGAAGAAGAAGCAGAAGAAAAAAAAGAAGAACAAGACCAAUUUGAGAAUGGUUCCAAUCCACAAUUAAUUAUUAAUUCAUUGAUAAUCUUGAUAAUCUUUGCAAUUAUAUAA